GCAGCACUGUGACGUGCACAGUGUGGCGCGAGCAAAAUUUAUGAAAAUGUGUGGACGAGCUUGUUGUUCACUGGACCCAGAUACUUUGUGUUACGCGUGCGAAUACAAAGAUGCGAACGGUAAACCACGUAAAUUAACGUGGGCUAAAAGCGAAUUAGAAUACAUUCCGUCAUGCAACAUGGGUCCGCAGGAUAUUUUGCCUUGUAUGGCAUCUGGUUCGCAUUUUGAAGAAGAAGAGGAGAGAGUGCUCUGCCCUAUGAUAUGGGGAAUGAUACCACCUUGGCAUCAGGGAAAUUAUAAGAAACGUACCGAUAAGUUGUCCACUCACAAUGGUCGUCUGGAAAAUAUACAAGCCUCAAAAUUAUAUUCUCCAUCGCUAAAAAAUCGACAACGGUGCGUUGUUGUCUUAGAUGGUUUUUACGAAUGGAAAGCUAAUGCAAAUAAAUCUCAAAAGCAACCGUAUUACAUAUAUGCAACUCAAGACAAAGAUGUAAAAGCAGAUGAUCCUACAACAUGGAGAAACAAAUUUUCUGAAGAGGAAGGAUGGAAAGGUUUCAAAGUGUUAAAAUUGGCUGGAAUAUUUGCAGCCUUCAAAACUGAAGAGGGGAAAACAAUACAUAGCUGCACAAUUAUUACAAGAGAAAGUAAUCAAGUCUUGUCUUGGUUGCAUCAUCGUAUGCCAGUCUGUCUGAGCAAUGAUAUGGAAUGUCAAACAUGGUUAAAUAAAGAUUUACACACAGAUACUGUCAUAAAAAUAUUGAAUAAUAUAAUAUUACAAGAAGGAACUUUACAUUGGCAUCCAGUAUCCACUUCAGUCAACAAUGUUAUGUAUAAAAGUACUGAUUGCAGAAAAGAGAUAAAACCAAAGCAAGAAAAGAAGAACAGUCAGACAUCUUUUAUGGCUUCUUGGCUGCAAAAGGGAUCUGUUGCUUCGACUAAAAGAAAAAUCGCAGAUAAUAAAGAUGAAGACAUAAGCAACAAGGAUGCAGAAGAUGAAAAAAAAUUUUCAAAACUUCGAAAAGAGAACUGAAUUUAUAGUACAAACAAACAACUUUGAAUCUUUAUUUAAAUUUUGUAAAAAGUUACCACAUAAGUUAUGUUGUAAUUAAUUUAUUUCUUUCUAUGUGUGCAAACACUACAAAUAAUAGUUUAAAAAACUUAAAGUAAAAGUUGUAUAUACUCAUCAAUCAUUAAUUAAUUUGUUAAAUAACUCAGGAAAAAUAACUACCUCUCAAUUGUAUACAUAUUUAAUUAUA